AUGGAGAGAGCCAACUGCACCUUGGUCACUCAGUUUGCCUUUGUGAGAUUUUCCAACUCUCCACGUCUCCAGAUCCUCUUUUUCUCCCUCUUCCUCCUCAUCUACCUCUCACCCCUGGUGGGCAAUGCACUCAUUGUGCUCAUUGUAACCCUGGGUGGGCACCUCCACACUCCCAUGUGCUUCUUUAUCUGCAAUCUCUCCUUAGUAGAGCUCUGGGACACCACGAUCACUGUGCCCAAAAUGCUGGCCAAUUUUCUAAGUUCCCAAGGUGUCAUCUCGGUUCCCAGCUGCAUCACCCAGUACUACUUCUUCUCUUUGGCUGCCACAGAGCUCUUCUUUCUCACCACCAUGGCCUAUGACUGCUAUGCUGCCAUCUGCCGACCACUCCACUACCCACUCCUGCUCAGCCCUCUAACUUGUGGUACCCUGGCUGGCGUCUGCUGGUCUGUGGGAUUCCUCUGCCCCAUGUGCCCCUCAUUCCUCCUUACACAAAUCUCCUUCUGCACCCCCAACCAGAUCAACCACUUCUUCUGUGAUGCCAUUCAAAUUUUCCACCUUUCCUGCACAGACACAUAA